AUGAUGAAAUCCCUAGAAGAAAACAGGCGCAAAGGGUGCAGAAGAGGUUUCCUAAGGCUGGCAGGAGCCACCACGCGUCAGAGCAAAAACCUCCUUCCAUGCCUUCCCCGAGCACCACCGCCCCAAGCCAGACGCCUGGCAGCAGCCAGCAGCCCCUACCGGACAGCUCACAUCCGGGCCCUGGCCAGAUAGGCCGGCCGACCGGGCAUCCGCAAGAAGCUGCCAGACAAGCCGGCAGCCCUCCCAGCCUCCCCUGGUCCUUCCAGAGAAGCAAGUCCUUGUUUUGUCUGCCCACAGGAGACUCCUUCCCGGGCUCCUCAGCUCUACCACAGUGGUUUUCAAACACCGAUGGCCCAGGGCACAGGGCGACGGAGGGGAGGCACAGCCACCUCCUCUCCAUCGAUGACCUGGAGGGGGCCCAGGAGACCGACGUGGACACGGGCCUCCGGCUGUCCUCCUCAGACCUCUCUGUGGUCUCUGCCUAUUCGGCGCCCAGUCGGUUCUGCAGCACCGUGGAAGCAACCCUCCCGCCUGAAAGGUGCAGCAGCCACUGGUCAAAGCCUAAGGGUUUCAGAGAAGGACCGCUGCCCACCGGGAGUGGGGGGGCCACAGAGACCGCCUGGGCUUCCCUCCCUUUCUUCACCAAAGGGCCUUGCAGCUCCUCAGCCCCAGCUGCCACUGCUGCUCCCCCCACUCAUGGCCCCUCCUCACGCACAGAGUCCUCCCCAGAGCCUCCCUGUGAUGCUCCCCGCACUGAGCAGACGGCGGGCAGAGACGCCCCACCGCCCCCAGUGCUGGCCGGACCCAUGGACAAUGAUAUGGAGGAAUUCUACAUCUGAACACCCUCUGCUCUUGUGUUCUAGACACACAGACUCAGGUCCUACUGCCCCACUGGGGUCUGCACACCACCCGUGCGUGCGCUCAGCCCGCUCCCCCAGGUCUGUUGGAAAUCCAUCCGUCUCAAGGGCUUACUAGCACAGGUGCCACACCACCCAUUCUUACCUGAGAGGUGGCACAUUUUAAAGACUCGCUGGAAAAAUGCUCGCAUUUUUAUGCAAAUAAAUUCUCAAGCUUAAGUUGUAAAAUUUUUUUCGAAUACCCAAUUCCUUUUGAGAUAUGGUUUAGUGCACUUAAUACAAUUUAAAUGCCUCAUAUCAUUAUUUGAAAUGAAAAGAAAACCUAGUCAGCCGGAGCUGAUUUGGCAAUUUUUCAUACUGUGAAGGAAAAACAAUUAAAGCCAAAAUGUUGAAUAUGGGAAAGCUACUAAGUGACCUGUAUGAGAGAUUAGUGCACAAUAACAUAACGUACGGCUUACUGGAUUCUGCAUACAUAUUUGCAUCACCAGGCAACGGUGGCCCUAAGAAUUUCCAGGUAGGGCUGAUACAGUGUGAAAAGUCAGCUUGAUAAAACAGCGAAACACCUAUCAGGCUAUGGUAAUGCCUCGCUGUGAUGCCAUGCGCAUCUGAAAAUCUGAAUUUAUGCAAAAGUAGCUAAUAUACUUUAUAAGGAUUUAUCCUGAGUAACAGACUCAUGGUGGAAUCAAAAUAUGAUCUGAGUUCCAAAAACCAGAUUUGCAUCCACUUUUCAACAACACCUCCCUGUAACAAGUGGAGUCUACAGAGGACCACUCCACUCCCGGGAUUUAGGUGGCUCCCUGAGGAACCGCUCACUGGAGUCACAGGAUAACAGGAUAUCGGUCAUAGGGGUAGCUAGGCUUAAGACAGUUCCAUUUUAAAAACCACCAUCCAAGGGCUAUGUAUAUAUGUAUGUACCUAAAGGACAGGAGCCACACUUUAUACUGCUCUCUCCAGUAAACAUGUAUUGCCACACACCCUGAUCUUUCUGUUUCUAAACAAUCUGCAACCUUUUUCAGUGGCACUUUGAUGGCACAAAUUAAUAAAAGCCCCCAUCUUCUCCAAAUGGGAAGUUUUAUACAAAACGUUGUCCUGGACAGACCCUGUUUCAUCACCAGCCUUCCACAAGUGCAUAGAAGCUUUAAUUAAAGCUGGCGCUCUAGCCCAACCUUAACCUUUUCUGC